UAUCUGUAACGUUAUCUAUGAAUAGUUUAGUUGCCUAUUGAUUGUCAAUUGCGUGGCAUUUAAUCCAUCACUCAAUUUGUUAAUCCAUCUGUUUUUGAGGACAUUUGACGGCACAUCCAGUGGACAGACAUGGCAACAGCGGCCAACACAAGCGGAUCAGCGGCCACAGCGACAGCCAACAGCAGUACUCCCGCAUCAAAAGUCACAUUCAAGAUAACACUGACCAGUGACCCGAAGUUGCCGUACAAAGUGCUAACGGUUCCCGAAAACGCACCGUUCACUGCUGUCCUCAAGUACGCUGCCGAAGAGUUCAAGCAAACACCGGCCACCAGUGCCAUCAUUACCGACGAUGGAAUUGGUAUAAAUCCGUCGCAAACGGCCGGCGAUAUCUUCCUUAAACACGGAUCAGAGUUACGGCUUAUACCAAGAGAUAGAGUCGGCAGUCGAUUGGAUUAAAAGUGUUUCGUUAAAUAAAUUUUGUUUACAUUAAAAAAAACAUGAUUUGUAUAUACAUUGUGUUGUUAUUGAUUUAAUUAAACAAUAAUAUCAAUCAUUUUCAGGUAUUAUUUUUUUGUAAUGUUUUUAUUUGUCGGACACACUUU